GGGGCGGUGCCUGCCUGGGCGAGGGGCGAUGGCGGGCGAGGAGGCCGCGGCCGCCGCCGGCCCGGGGGGCGAACAGCUUCUGGCCGCGAGCGGCGGCUACGACGGCAAGUGCGUGUUUUGCAGGAUCGCCCGCCGGGAGGAGCCGGGCACAGCGCUGCUGCCUUGCCAGUACGAAGACCUCGUUUGCUUUAGAGAUAUCAGGCCUGGUGCCCCUCACCACUACCUGGUGGUGCCGGUAGAGCACAUGGGAAACUGCAAAACACUGAAGUCAGAGCACGUACCCAUAGUGAAAAGAAUGAUGGAAGUUGGAAAAUCUGUUCUCCAGAAAAAUAAUUUUAGUGACUUGAAUGAUAUAAGAAUGGGUUUUCACUGGCCUCCAUUCUGCUCAAUAUCCCACUUGCAUCUGCACGUCUUGGCCCCGGCAAGUCAGCUAGGAUUCUUAUCCAGACUGAUUUACAGAAUCAACUCCUACUGGUUUAUCACAGCUGAGCAACUGAUUGAGCGACUGCAAACUGAACAUGCUGCCAGCUGAGAGCACUCUUAGCCUUGUGUCAUUAGCCAUUUUGUUCUUUGUCUUUGAACUCUGAUUUAAGGUUGCACAGUUUGUUGCCAAUUAUAUACCAGGAUAAGAAAAGGCUUAGUUCCUUAUGAGGAAAUACUGAACGUAGAGCUGUCAACCUAAUUCUCACAUUUGGGUUCUUCAGAAGUCUGCAUAUUUCUCUGACAAUAAGGAAAUGUAUUUUAAUUAUGAUUUUAUAUAUGUGUAUACAUAUAUAUGCAUACAUAAUAUAUACACAUAUGUAGACAACUUUUUCCAGUAGAAUGUGGGGUAUAGCAGCAGAAUGCACUCUAAGGAAACAGGUUGGUAGUAACAGCAUGCACAUGGUACCAAAGGUAAUAUUUGCUGUGGAAUCCAGCUCUUAUUUUAAAGAUGCAUCACUCUGGAAUUGCAGGGAACAUUUAAAGUAUUUUCAGUUUCCAUCUGUUCUUGUAUGAUAUAUUACCUAUGCCUGGUUAGUAGUAGGUACCUUGCUGAAAGUACACUACUAACUCUUCUGGUGCUAAACCACUUUCAUAUAUUGCUCAUCUUACUUGCAUGGCAGUGAUGUAGUAAAUGUUAACAGUAUGUGCCCAAGAUGUGAUAGUGCUAAACCAUAGAAUGUCUUCUACUUGGAUGUAUAAGUGGUUGUCUGUUGGACCUGAAGAUUGUUCCCCUCUCACAUGCACAGUAUUUUUAAUUAGUUAUUGUAUGUUUACAAAUAUGUGAAGAGUUCAGAAUUGAUUUUUAAAGCACUGCUCUUCUGCAUCGUGGUAGAAGAAAUAAAAAAAAAAAAGCAAGCAGGUUUUGAGAUUAUUCUGAUAAUGUUCUCACUGGAAGUCACUUGGAGAUUAAUAAUGCCUUGGUUAGAUUUGAUUUCUAAAUGAGGUCACAAAACAAAUGGGUCUUCAUUACAGUGAGUUUGUAGCAGGCUUGCAUAACAGCAGUCUGAUCUGAAUUUGGAGUAGCGGGGGCUCAGCCCAAAAGCAGAACAUGUAGGGAUUGUGUUCUGAAUUGCUUAUGGAAUCUGCUGAACGCUUGCCCUCACUGCAUGACUCCAAUCAGCAGCAUUAGCGCUCUGUUUUUCAAUACCAUGUUAAGGCAGACUCUUCAGAAAGUUUAACUCCAGUAAACGUGGAGUAGAUUUUCUUUGUUCACAAUCUGUUAUCUCUUGGUGCCUAACUAACCAAGUGCCCUUGGCUGUUGCACUGAGAUACGGCUGAGGUGGUGAUGGUCUGUUGCACCUGCAAGAUUCCCUGAAUAUAACCUUCUCAGUGUUUUCCACUGAUCCAGCACCUGUUGCCUUAGUGGUCAGUGUAUUACAGUAGACUGUACAUCAUCAGUCAGAAGGUAGACACUCUUCUAAACAAAUGUUUUCUACCCAGAAGAGUUAAUAUUAGUCUUUUCUGAAGACCUCAUUCCCAAUGUCUUGUUAUUCUUAUUAGUGGGCACUCAUGUAAUUUGUAGUACUUUGUGGUUUUAAUUUGUAAUAUUAGCUGUGAAGAGCGUGAAUUAAACCCACUGAACUUUGAUCAGUUCUGUGCAAUAGAUUGGGAGGCUUGAGUGGGCUCCUAACUUCAUGAAAUACCUGAACGUUAAGAUUUUUGAAGAGUUAAUACUGUGUGUCCUGAUUUCUAAUUAAUCUGUGUAACUGUACUUAACUGUGAUAUGUAAUAUUUAAAGAACCAACAUGAACUGCUGUCAAAAAGGAUAAAUAAACUGAACAAAUGCUAA